AUGGGUCUCGUUGAACGUCGCCCGUCCGGGGAGCAGGGUGUGGACACUACCAAUGCCGAUCGGACCUUGGAAGACAUGGGUUACAAGCCUGAGUUGGCGCGCAAUCGCUCCAUCUGGCAAGUGACCUUUAUGUGCUUCAUUCUCUCUUCGGUUCCUUACGGUUUGUCCACUACUUUCUACUACCCUCUUGCUGCAGGUGGUCCCGCCAAUGUGAUCUGGGGUUGGGUAAUCAUCUCGUUUCUGAUCCUCUGCGUGGCUAUCUCGCUGGCUGAGAUCACUUCGGUGUACCCCACUGCCGGUGGUGUUUACUACCAGACCUUUGUCUUGUCACCACUCUGGUGUCGUCGUGUCGCCUCCUGGAUCUGUGGUUGGUCAUAUGUGGCAGGCAACAUCACGAUUACCCUUGCUGUGAAUUUCGGAACCGCCUUGCUCUUCGUGGCCUGCUUGAAUGUCUUUGAAAAGUCACCCGGAGUUGGUAUCACCGAUGACUUCCAGACUUACCAAACCUUCCUCAUUUUCUUGGCCAUCACCCUAUUGACUCACGCCAUCUCUGCAUUUGGCAACAAAUGGCUGCCGUGGUUGGAGACAUUUGCCAUCUUCUGGACGUUAGCUGGUCUGGUUGCGAUCGUUGUCUGCCUCCUGGCCAUUGCUAAGCAAGGUCGUCACUCCGGUGCCUGGGUGUUUGGUCACUUUGAGACUCAGGCCGGGUGGCCCGCUGGAUGGUCCUUUUUUAUCGGUCUCCUGCAGGCAGCUUACGCCACCUCUGCAACAGGCAUGAUCAUCUCUCUAUGCGAGGAAGUGCGUGAACCCGCUAUCAUGGUCCCCAAGGCCAUGGUCGGAACCAUCGUCAUCAACUUUGUUGCCGGACUUCUCUUCUUGGUCCCCGUGUGCUUUGUGCUCCCUGAUCUGACUUAUUUGAUUAACCUCGCCUCCGGUCAACCUACCCCGGCGAUCUUCAAGGCCGCCAUUGGAAACUCAGCGGGCGCCUUCUGUUUGCUUAUUCCUCUAUUAGUUCUGGGAAUUAUCUGCGGCGUGGGUUGUGUUACUGCCACUUCCCGCUGCACUUGGGCCUUUGCCCGUGACGGUGGAAUCCCCGGUUCUGGCUGGUGGAGCACAGUCAACCCGAAGCUAAACAUUCCUUUCAAUGCCUUGGUGUUAGGCAUGGUGGUGGAAAUCUUGCUUGGAGUGAUUUACUUCGGCUCUACCGCUGCAUAUAAUGCCUUCUCCGGUGUCGGUGUCAUUUUCUUGACCACUAGCUAUGCUUGCCCGAUUGCCGUCUCACUGAUUUUCCGCCGCCGCGAAGAUAUCAAGAAAGGGAGCUUCAACUUUGGAGUUGUGGGCCUCGUUUCUAACGUACUUGCCCUUGCCUGGAGUAUUCUUGCUAUCCCUCUUUUCUGCAUGCCGACUUUUAUGGUGGUGACCAAGGAGAGCAUGAACUACGCCUCGGUGGUCUUUGUUGGCUUUGUUGCAAUCGCUGCUGUCUGGUAUGGAGUCUGGGGUUACCAUAACUACCGGGGUCCGCCAACCGACGCGGUGGUGCCUGAUGGAGCCUCAUCGCGACCUACCUCGCCUCCAACUUAUGCCGAGGUUCCUGAAAAGGUCCGGGAUACUUGA